AUGAGACCGGACCACUGUCAACACGGCGAAGUGCGCGCUGGCAGACCAAACAUACUGAAACUCGGUGACAGCGGUCGGAGGCGAUCAGGAAACCUUAAAGCGGCUAUGCAACGUCGAACCGACGAAUUCUUCGGCUUACCGCACCAGUUUCCUCUGACCGACUUAGAGAACGUGCGCUGCAGCGAUCAUUAUGAAACGGUGGUCGAUUUGCCAGAUCCUGAUUCCUCUCAGCCUGACCCUGGUCAGUUGUGGACAGUGUCCAUCGGGCGUAGUCCAGUCAUGCGACUGUUCUGCCAUGGCCGACGAAAACACGGUCGUGGUGAAAUGCUCGAGAGCUGUGUCGCUAGAAGUGAGAUCUCUGACACUCCGGUUCCAUUUUUACCAGCCGAAGCAUUUGGAAACCUGACGAUCACGAAGCUAACGAUGAGCAGAAACGGCCUUAAAAACAUGGACCUAAUGGCGUUCGACUGUGUUUUGGUAAACACCCUGCUUGAACUCAAGCUUACGGAUAAUGAACUUUCCUCGUUGCCUUGCACUGGAGUACCCAGACUACGGAACCUCAGAAAACUCAGCUUGCGCAAUAACAGAAUAUGGCGACUGCCUACUUCGACUUUAAAUCUUUACGCCAUCUUGGAAAACCUGGUGUCGCUCGAUUUAUCCGGUAAUCUCGUUAGCUCAAUUCCAGGUACAACUGCGAUCAUGCCUAAACUAGAGGAGCUAAUCCUUGCUGGAAAUGAUCUGGUAGAGAUGCCGUACAGCUUUCUCAACAGCCAUCGGUCCACUCUGAAAACUCUCGACCUGGCUCACAAUCAGAUCAGUCAAAUUUUGGCACUCGGCAUCGAUCUUCCGCGACUGGACUCGCUCAACCUCAGCCACAAUCGAAUCGCCAAUUUCUCGGCAUACUCACUUGCUGGUGUCCCCAGCCUAAGCGAUUUGAAUCUAGAAGCGAACAGACUCUCUCAGUGGAACCACCAGUUUCUUUGUGCUGUACAAAUGCUACGGCAGCUGACGAUCGGCCGUAAUGCGAUUACCAGCGUUCCUGCAGAUGCUAUGCGCUGUCUGCCAAAUCUCCAAACUCUGGAUAUUAGUAAUGGCAACCUGGAUCGAAUUUACAGUAAUACUUUCCGACCAGCUGCGAAACUCCGAACAGUGUUACUGAACAACAACCAUCUUUCCAGAAUCGAACAAGAAACGUUUUCGGGCAUGGCUGAACUAUCCACUGUGCAACUGAGUGGCAACAAAUUGCAAACUGUGGAGGAAUUUGCGUUUUCUUCACUACCUUCACUGGUCACCCUCGAUCUGAGCAAUAACAAGUUGACUACCCUGAAAACCAGUGCAUUUUCGAACACGCUCCAAAGUUCAGUUGGCACUGUCAUCAGCCUGCAACUCUGUGAUAAUCCCUGGAUAUGCGAUGACGAGUUCGAGCCGUUUCGUCAGUGGUUACGGGACAACAUGGAAGUUAGCAUCAACAAGGCCGAGUGCCAACCGAUGUGUGAGCAGCCGGAAUUGCUACGAGACUGGCCAAUCCGAUUUCCCAAUCCACCUCCGGACCCUCAGCUUUAUAUACCAGAGCUUGCAAAACCAUCCAAACCAACAGAUUCGAACAUGGAAUGGGAUAACGUGGCUCAAGACGAUUUUGCCCAUCCUCCGCAAAACAGUUCAGCAGAAAUAAUAGGCAAUCGGCCGCCUUAUGUAUUGCGCAUUUUACUCAACAAAUUUCUCAAUGCGUCAAAAUACCCUCUGGAGAAGUGA